AUGGGUAAGGACGACGGGCCGCCGCAGGCGGCGGCCAAGGCCAAGAAUUCGGCGCCGGUGAUGCGGUCGUUCGCGUCGGUGUUCAUGCAUGCGGACGCCGCGGACGUGGUGCUCAUGGUGCUCGGCCUGGUGGGCGCCAUGGGCGGCGGCAUGUCCACGCCCGUCAUGCUCUUGAUCACCAGCCGCAUCUUCAACGACCUCGGCAACGGGCCGGACCUCCUCGAUGAGUUCAGCUCCAAGGUCAACGAGAACGCGCGGAACCUCGUCUUCUUGGCGCUCGGCAGAAUGGUCAUGGCGUUCCUAGAGGGGUACUGCUGGGCGCGCACGGCGGAGCGGCAGGCGUCGCGGAUGCGGGAGCUGUACCUGCGGGCGGUGCUCCGGCAGGACGUGGAGUACUUCGACCUCAAGGUGGGGUCCACGUCGGAGGUGAUCACCAGCGUCUCCAACGACAGCCUCGUGGUGCAGGACGUGCUGAGCGAGAAGGUGCCCAACUUCGUGAUGAACUGCUCCAUGUUCCUGGGCAGCUACGCCGUCGGGUUCGCGCUGCUGUGGCACCUCACGCUGGUGGCGCUGCCGUCCGUGCUGCUGCUCAUCAUCCCUGGGUUCAUGUACGGCCGCAUCCUCAUCGGCCUCGCGCGCCGGAUCAGGGAGCAGUACACCCGUCCCGGCGCCAUCGCUGAGCAGGCCGUCUCGUCCGUGCGCACCGUCUACUCGUUCGUAGCCGAGCACACCACCAUGGCGCAGUUCUCCGCCGCGCUCGAGGAGUCGGCGAGGCUCGGGAUCAAGCAGGGACUCGCCAAGGGCGUCGCCAUCGGCAGCAACGGCAUCACCUUCACCAUCUGGGCGUUCAACGUCUGGUACGGCAGCCGCCUCGUCAUGUACCACGGAUACCAUGGCGGCACCGUCUUCGCCGUCUCCGCUGCCAUUGUCGUCGGUGGCCUAGGUCUGGGGUCCGGGCUGUCGAACGUCAAGUACUUCUCCGAGGCGAGCUCGGCGGCGGAGAGGGUCCAGGAGGUGAUCCAGCGGGUGCCCAAGAUCGACUCGGAGAGCAGCGCCGGCGACGAGCUGGCCAACGUCGCCGGGGAGGUGGAAUUCAAGAACGUGGAGUUCUGCUACCCGUCGCGGCCGGAGACCCCGAUCUUUGUGAGCUUCAACCUGCACGUGCCGGUGGGGCGCACGGUGGCGAUGGUGGGCGGCAGCGGGUCCGGGAAGUCGACGGUGAUCGCGCUGCUGGAGCGGUUCUACGACCCGGCGGCUGGGGAGGUGACCGUGGACGGCGUGGACAUCCGGCGGCUGCGGCUCAAGUGGCUGCGCGCGCAGAUGGGGCUCGUCAGCCAGGAGCCGGCGCUGUUCGCGACGUCGAUCCGGGAAAACAUCCUGUUCGGCAAGGAGGACGCCACGGAGGAGGAGGUCGUCGCGGCGGCGAAGGCGGCCAACGCCCACAACUUCAUCUCCCAGUUGCCGCAGGGCUACAACACGCAGGUGGGUGAGCGUGGUGUCCAAAUGUCUGGAGGACAGAAGCAGAGGAUUGCUAUUGCCAGAGCUAUCCUUAAGUCACCCAAGAUCCUCCUCCUUGAUGAAGCCACAAGUGCAUUGGACACAGAGUCAGAGCGUGUUGUGCAAGAGGCACUUGACCUGGCUUCUGUGGGCAGGACAACCAUUGUCAUUGCACAUCGGCUCUCCACAAUCCGGAAUGCUGACAUGAUUGCUGUGAUGCAAUAUGGUGAGAUCAAGGAGCUGGGAUCCCAUGAUGACCUCAUUACCAAUGAGAAUGGCCUGUACACAUCUCUUGUCCGCCUUCAGCAGACCAGUGAUUCAAGGGAGGCCAAUCAGGUUGGUGGAACUGGAAGUACAUCUGAUGCGGGGCAAUCUAGCAGCCACAGCAUGAGCAGGAGGUUCUCUACAGCUAGCAGGUCAAGCUCAGGACGGUCAAUGGGUGACGCAGAAAAUGAUAAUAUUACCGAGAAGCCAAAGCUUCCUGUCCCAUCAUUCAGAAGGUUACUGAUGCUUAAUGCACCAGAGUGGAAGCAGGCUCUGAUGGGAAGUUUCAGUGCAAUUGUGUUUGGAGGCAUACAGCCUGUAUAUUCAUAUGCCAUGGGCAGCAUGAUCUCAAUCUACUUCUUGGCAGACCAUAAUGAGAUCAAGGACAAAACAAGGACCUACGCACUCAUCUUUGUUGCUCUUGCAGUGCUCUCAUUCUUGAUCAAUAUUGGGCAACAUUACAACUUCGGUGUCAUGGGGGAAUACCUCACCAAGAGAGUGAGAGAACAGAUGCUUGCAAAAAUCCUUACUUUUGAGAUUGGGUGGUUUGACCGUGAUGAGAACUCCAGUGGUGCCAUAUGCUCACAACUUGCCAAGGAUGCCAACAUCGUGAGGUCUCUUGUGGGUGAUCGAAUGGCUCUAGUGAUCCAGACAGUUUCUGCAGUUCUCAUAGCCUGCACUAUGGGUCUGGUGAUCGCUUGGCGUUUGGCCCUUGUCAUGAUAGCAGUGCAACCCCUUAUCAUUGUUUGCUUUUAUGCUCGCCGUGUCUUACUGAAGAGCAUGUCCCAGAAAUCAAUACAGGCUCAAUCUGAAAGUAGCAGGCUAGCAGCUGAGGCUGUCUCCAAUCUCCGCACCAUCACUGCUUUCUCAUCCCAGGAGCGCAUCCUACGCCUCUUUCACCAAGCACAAGAUGGACCACGCAAGGAAAGCAUCCGACAGUCAUGGUUUGCAGGACUGGGCCUUGGCACCUCCAUGAGCCUCAUGACAUGCACAUGGGCCCUUGAUUUCUGGUAUGGUGGCAAGCUCGUGGCUGAGCAUCACAUAACUUCAAAGGCACUAUUCCAGACCUUCAUGAUACUAGCAAGCACAGGGCGUGUGAUUGCAGAUGCAGGUAGCAUGACAACAGACCUUGCUAAGGGUGCUGAUGCAGUAGCUUCAGUGUUUGCUGUUCUUGACAGGGAAACCGAAAUUGACCCUGACAACCCUGAGGGAUACAAACCAGAGAGGCUAAAAGGUGAGGUUGACAUCAGAGGAGUUGACUUUGCAUACCCGUCAAGGCCAGAUGUGAUUAUCUUCAAAGGUUUCUCCUUGAGCAUCCAACCAGGCAAGUCAACAGCCCUUGUUGGGCAAAGUGGUUCUGGCAAGUCGACUAUCAUUGGGCUCAUAGAGAGGUUCUAUGACCCACUUAGGGGGAUAGUGAAGAUCGAUGGUAAAGACAUCAAAACAUACAAUCUGAGAGCCCUGCGGCGACACAUUGGAUUAGUCAGCCAGGAACCAACACUAUUUGCAGGUACAAUAAGAGAAAAUAUUGUGUAUGGUACAGAAACAGCAACUGAAGCAGAAAUUGAGAAUGCUGCAAGGUCUGCGAAUGCACAUGACUUCAUUAGCAACCUCAAGGAUGGAUAUGACACAUGGUGUGGUGAGAGGGGUGUACAGCUUUCAGGAGGCCAAAAACAACGCAUUGCAAUUGCCCGUGCCAUCCUGAAGAACCCUGCUAUCCUGCUACUGGAUGAAGCUACAAGUGCACUGGACAGCCAGUCAGAGAAGGUGGUACAAGAGGCAUUGGACCGAGUGAUGGUUGGCAGGACAAGUAUUCUGGUGGCGCACAGGCUCAGCACAAUCCAGAACUGUGACCAGAUCACUGUGCUUGAGAAAGGAAUUGUUGUGGAGAAGGGCACACAUGCAUCCCUUAUGGCUAAGGGUCCCUCUGGAACAUACUUCGGAUUGGUCAGUUUGCAACAAGGAGGCAACCAGCACUGA